UCGAUUUCGCGCGCCACUUCUCUCGGCUCUCUCUGCCUAUCUUCCUUUUUCUCUCACGUCUCUGUGCAAUUUGCUGUUACUGCUUAGAGUUGGCUAUGGCGAAUUCUGCUGAUCAAAUGGAUGGAAAUCAUAUGAAAGCAAAAAAUCACGGUGGUGGGGUCUGUUUGAUGAGCAAUGUAUGGAGAGACGAGCAGCAUCCAUCCUUCAUAAAUUUCAUAUCAAAUUUCCUUUGCUCAAACUCAUUUCGCCUCAAUUUUGUUCCAAUUGCCCCAGACUUGAUAUUCAAUUGUGGGGGUUUAUCAGUGGCUUUUGCUUUCCUGACAAGUUGGGAUUGCAGCAAUACGUCAUCAAUCUUUAGCAGAGUUCAAAAGUUGAAGAAGCAGUUUGCAAAUUUGUAUGUUGUUGUUGUCCUUCCAACCAAGGAGCAGAAUGAUUCAUUUGUUCAAUCUUACUUCAGAAAUGGGAUGGAGAUUGGUAAGCCACCAUUUGUAGCUGUUCAGGAUAUUGAGAUGGGGUUUGAGAAGAUUGUAAAGAUAGCACACUCUCGUGGAGGUAGUAACCAUUUUAAAUUUUGGUUGAACACUUUCCUCAAUCAUCUUCAACAAUUAUAUCAAAUUACAGCAUGCAAGCAGCAAGAUAUCAUAUCAAAACUGAGGACUGAGAGGAAGAGAUCAGUACAAGUCAUGGAUGCUUUUCGUAGGGUCAUGUCUUCUGUACCAGGCCUCGAUGAUCAUGAUGCAAAUUCGCUAAAUCAAGCUAUUGGUUCAAUUGAGGCAAUCGCCAAAGCGUCGAAGGAGUACAUUUUGGAGAACACAGAUCUGUCAGUGGAGAAGGCAGAGAGAAUUAGGAGCUUUUUCAGGGAUCCAAAGUUUUACCUCAGUCUCAAAAUAAAUUGAUAUGCCAGAGAAGAGUUUGGAGGUGAGUUCAGUCAUAUUUUAACAUUGCUUUUGCUGCCUACGCUCACCCUAGAAUUCGUACUUCUGAUUAUACAGUCAACCCGAAAAAAAUUUUAAAAAUUUAAACAGUGGAACCUGCCAAGCAGUUCUGCAGACACACACCGAAAGGAAAAGCUAAGAAAAAUUAGAAAGAAAAAAAAUCAAAUCGAAGUAGAAGAAAGUUGGGUUCGGAUUCAACACAUAGGGGAAUGCAAGAGAAGGGAAUGUGUAAUAAAACGCUAUAACUAUAAGCAAGUGAAAAUUGAACAGAUAGCCGUUCCCUAUGUUAAGGGAUGGAGAAUGAAUCUAUCGGUAUUGCUGUUUCUAAUAUAGUAUACGUUGCUUAGGCUGUAAGGAUGCGUACUCAAGUUCCACUUGGUUUGUGAAACUGUUGACUCAUUCUGAUUUGAAUCUAUAAAUAUUCAAAAUGCUUAGCUAGCUA